GUACCGGGGACUGUGGGGUGACGGUUCGUGCUUCUGCCUGAGGUCAAAUGAGCUGUGAGCCAGCCAGAUCCUCAAGAAGUAGUGAGUGUCCAGGUGAAACAGGCUGGAGACAGACCCUAGGGUCUUAGCCCCUCAACCAGGUAGGACCAACAUGGUGGGCAGGACAACAUGUGUGCAAGUGUUUUUUCCCUUCCUGCACUGGGGGGAUGAAGGCUGUCUGAAUCCAUCAGUCACCAAGAAGGAGCAGAUGGAGCCAGAGGGUGAGUGGGACUGUAGCUGCUGCUGUCUUCUUGGCUGCUGUGCUGUGGCCCCUCCCAGCUCGGUGCAGACUGGGCCCAUCUCCUAUCACAGGUGACGCUAAGCCGCUCAGCCCAUCUCUGGCCAGCAGCCCAGGCCCCUUCAGGAGCUAGAGGAUGCCCCUGGGCAAGCGGGGGGCUGGGGGUUCACGGCCGGAGAGCACCGCGUAAGAGGCCUGUCACAGGCCAGCCCAUCGAAUGUGAAAGCAAUUAAAGCCACCAGCAGUGUUCGCUCCAGGCGGGCCUCGGGCAGCGGGGCAGCUGCCACAACACAUCUCACCUCGCCGCCCACAGCGCCUUCCCUGCCCCGAUGCGGCUGCGCACCAGGCUGGACCUUCUCCUCCAGUGGAGGGGCAAGACUUGCACCGAUGCAUACUUGUGGCAGGAGCCAGCUCUGGGCACCUUUGCCAGCUAAAGAUCAGUUCCCCUUUCUUCUUCCCUACUCUACCUGGCACCCACCACACUGGCCUCUGCAGCUCCAGCCCCAGAAAGACUCAAGACAGGACUCUGGUGUCAGGGCAAGAUGGAGGUCCAGCGGCUGCAUGCUCACCGACUCUGGUUGGUCCCAGCAAACACCUUCUCCGUGGACUCCAGCAUAUGGGGGAGGGGAACAAAGGGGCAUUCAGAGGGGAGUUGUAUAUAUAUAAGCAAAACUCUUUGGUUAGUAUUGGGAGGGGGCUAGAGCUCCUCAAAAGGCUGCUGAAGGCUUGAUUCUGGUUAGGGUGAGAGGCCUGGAGGAGGGGGAUGGGCAGACUAGUCAAAGCAGUAGACCUGACAUCAUAGCAUCAACAUGCUAGGCUAGACUGGGGUGGAUUGUCACGAGCAGGAGGUCACAAAGCCCACGAGCAACAGGACUCGUCACGGAAACAGUGGACAGGAGAGUUGGAAAGGGCUCUGCCCCCUUGUCUCUGUCCAUCUCAUCCUCACUUCUCACAGCUUUUCCAUAUUUCUUCCUAAAUCCUAAUUUUCUGAUAGCCAUCAACAUGUUCCUGGCUUCCCCAAAUUCCUGGUCCCUAUUGGUCCUGUGUCCCCAUGGCUCUUUCUCCUGGGUCCACCGUCUUCAUUGCUAGCCAUUAUGGCCUUCUCAGGGCGGGCAGUGGCAUGUUCUCACUUGUGAGGCAUCCCUGUCAGAAGCACUUAGUGUACAAAUUAGCCAUGGCCUCCCUGCCUCCCUAUGCACAGCUCUGGGCGCUGGGCUGACAGGGCUGCAGCUCCCGGCCUUCUUCCACCUGCCCGGGGCACACAGCAGCCUGGUGUGGACCCCUGGCCACCACCCACAACCAAGCAGGAGGUCCCUCCCUGGUGGCCAACCAGGAAUCUUCUCCUGAACCCCAACUUUGAGCUAAAAGGGGUGCCCACCACAGGGUUUAUUCAGUGAAAUUCUAGGGGCUUCAAAGCUGAGGCCCAGCCUUUGGAUUACUCCAAGAGUGGCAAUCCCUGGUGUUGAGGGCAGUGGAAGGGCCUGGAGAUAGGGCCAGCUCACAGGCCCCCACUGCCCCACCCGCCAUCCUGCCUGCCAUUCAGGCAGGGAAAAUCAUCUGUGACAGGCCCAGGAAGGCUGGCCCCGGGGGCCGCAGAGCAACGCACACAGCUCCACUUCCCAACAUAUGGCUGCUGUCGGCCCCAGGCACUGCUCAACCAGUGCCAGGCUCAGAGACGGGGUGGGGGCUUGGGCAGCCUGAGCUUGUCCCACCCACCUGGACAGGCCGGCUGCUCCCUCUAAAGGAAGAGGCCCCUGUCCAGCUGGAAUGUUCCCAUGAAAGGGAGUUUACAAAUACCACCACCACCCACACACAAACAGCACCUGGCUCAGAUCCUCCAGGGAUCAUGGAGUCGCAUCUAUCUAGUUGCCCAGCUUAUAGUGGCUGCCCUUUCCUGCCCCAGGUUGGUGGAUAACCCAGCAUGUCCAGGAAUGGACCACUCAGAUCCCAGGAACAUCAUCCCUCAGACUCCUGCACACCACCACUAUGGCCUCCACCAGUGUCCUGAUCUCCUGAGCCUAGGUUUUCCCUGUGCAGCCACCAGGUCCUGUUACCUCCUUUCCUAUACUGUGUAUCCACUGUGGCUCCCCGGGGCCAUCGAGACCUGCACCCUCCAGCUGGCACAGAGCUUCAGGCACGAUCCUGUCUCUGCAGUCAAGCCCUCAGUCUGCUCCCCCACUAGCCUACAGUCCCCAAGGACACUUUGAAUGUGCAGAGAAGGUGAACCCCCAAGGGUGUCUCUUCCUUUCUGGACCAGGGAUUUCACGUGGACUCUGGAUGCUGCCACGUGUCCUGUACUCAUAAGGUGCAAAAUGAGCCACGGCCAAGUAUCCCGUGCGGCACUCCAGGACUUCGGUGUUGAUGUGGCUCCGUGGAGUCCCUCUGUGUGGGCUUUAGACCCUGUUCGGCUCUAGCCUCUGUCCCUCUGCCCACUGUGGAGUACCAGACAUCCCCUCACUGUCUUGGUGAGGGCUGCAACCCUGAGGGAAUGAGACAGUGCAGAGUCCAGAAACUUCGCCCGGCUCACAAGCCCCCAACACACACAGGGCCAAUGCUAAUGGAGGUGACAGGCGGGCAGCCAUGGGCAGAUCAAGAAGAGAAGGUUAAUGACUGAAAUAAGCCUCCAGCUGAGGGUAAAGGCAAGACCUACACCAGGAAAGACCACCAGGCCCCUGUCCUAGUGAAGGACCCUAUUAGGGUUUGGUGCUAAGACUGGAGGCUCUCUCUACUCUAGAGAAGAAAGAGCUGCUGCUCAGGGGGAGUGUGGGCAGGGUCUUAGGUUCAGGGUGACAAGCCCAAACACAAAGCUAGGGGUCUCAGCCACCAUCAGGAAGUGGGGCCACUUCCUACAGCUCAUGGUCCCCCAUUCCUAGAGGGAUGAGUGGAAAGCCCCAGAAGAGGCAUGAUCCAAGGCAGGAGAGGAAGGGGAAAUCAUGAGAGCCUGGAUGUGCCUGAGAGCCCCUUGGGCAGAAAGUUGGGGGCUGUCAGGCACACCAAGCUCUCCAGAUCUCCAUGAGCAAGUCCAGGGCUUGUUUCCCUUCUAGGAAGCACAGAAAUAUGUCCAGGUGAUAGAAACCCUUAGGGUCAUUUUUAGGUGUGGUUUCCCCUUCCCCUCUCGCCCACAUUUCUGAAAAGGCUCAUUUAAGGUGGUACUACUGGGCAUAUGGGCCCCUCAGGUUCCCUCCUACUUUUCCCAUUCUGGACAUCAGCAUAUAUUCUAUCCAUCUCCCUUCUCUGUGCCUCCAUAGAGCUGGCCUAGGCAGUGAUCACCCCUAGGGCUAUCAACCUCAUACCUGAGAUGCUAUAUGGCAUGUCACUGGGUUUCUCCUGCAGACUACAGGUUCACUGAGCUGCACCAGGCUUUGCUCCCUGCGUGCUGAAGCCAGGCCUUCCCUGGACAGUGACAGCACCCUCCAGCCUGCCCCUGGUGUUACCAGACAGAGGCUGUUCCAUGAUUCCCAGAAAGGGCAUGGCUAGAGAGUACAGAGCUGUUCUUGAGAAUAAGGGGCUCAUGCCUAGUGUCCCCACUCUCCUUGUCUCAGAGUGACUUGAGUCUGCCAUCGUCUCUAGUUAGUGCCCAUGAGAAGCUGGACUCCUGGCCCCAGGACUACUGGCACAAUGACCGCUCAAGCUGUCUCCCAGCCCCAGGCCACCUGCAUGGUCAGAUGGUUAGCUGGGCCAGGCAGGCAGAAAGGAGAAUGCUGUACGAUCCAUAGCAGCACUUCCAGCUCUGGAUGUCCCGCAGCUGGGGGUGGGCUGCUUCCAAGGAAGGUGGCAUGGAGACAGGAGGAAACUAGACUGGGCAGCCCUGCUCCUUGACCAGUAACCCUUGAACUUUGGCCAACAGCUGGGCCCUGGCUAUUAUGUCUGCCACACAGACAUGAGAACCAAGUCCAGGUUCACGGGACCAGAAGUACUGAACCCUCAGUGCCCUCCACCCCUGUGUAGUGACCCAAAGUCACUAGAGAGAUUUCCCUUCUUCCACAAGAUCUGAACUGGAGAGAUCUCAGGAGUCAGUAGCUGGGUCCUGGGUCCCCAAGAGUCUCUUGACCUCUGGGCCUCCGCAGCACAGGCCUGGGGUAGUAAACACCCUUUCAUGCUUGAAAUGCCAUGCAGCACACCUGUGGGCUAAGGUGUCCUCCCCACUCAUAGGCAGACUCCAGAAGGAGAGAGAGAGAGAGAGAGAGAGAGAGAGAGAGAGAGAGAGAGAGAGAGAGAGAGAGAUUAUCUGUCCCUGUCCAUGCCAUGCCCACUGCCCACAUGCACCUCUGAAACUCACCAGUUAGGCAAAUUUCCCUGGGAUCUGACUAGGAAGUGUGACCCCAGAUGUUAAGUUUUGACAACCCAGGAGCAGCUCUGGCCACGAAGACAUUAAAGGGAAGGAAGUUCCAGCAUCUAUAGUGUGCUGGGCAUUCCAAACCCUCCAGGAAAAGCCACCAGAGGGGAUGAGGUCCUUCAGACAGUUGGCACAGGCACUGGAUGUGUCCUGAAGCAGGGAGGAACCUCCUAGGAAGUGGAGAGUGAGGGCUGGGAGUGGCAUGAUGAAUCCAGGGGUGGGGGGGAUGUUAGUGCAUAGUGACCAUUAGCAGGCAGAGCAAGGGGCGUGGGAGACGCCUCGUGUUUGGAGUAAAGGAACCACACAGGCGCUCUGGCUUGCCCAGGGGAAGCUGGCAAGGACACAUAGGUUCCACCGCCUGAGCUCUGGGCUCGGCCCCUCCUGGUCCGCUCUGGAGGCCCCCUAUCCUAGGGUUCAGCCCCCAGGCCCUGGUUUGGGUGGACAGGCGGCUGUCAGGGGCCAGAGCCCUGACGGAUGUGUGCUGACGCCCCCUCUUGCCGCUGCGGGGACCCGGGAGACUUGGCUGCCUCUGCGCACCCCCGCGGCAGCCUGCAGGCGUCGGGGGCGGGGACGGUGCCAGGAGCCCCUCACUCGGCCCGCACCUGCGCGCCACUCCAAGCUCUUGUAGCACCGUGGCGUGUCCGGCCUCGCUCCCUCCAGGAGCGGUCCCAGCGCGUCCACUGAGUGUACCGGGCGGCGUGCAAGGAGGUGGGAGCCGUCUGCGGCUGAGGCUGUCCCGCCUCCCUUGCCCAGCCUGGUCGGAGGUCGCUGCGUUUGGGAGCUCGCGCAGUGGCGCACGCGCUUCGCUGCCAACUUUGGUGGGCGCCUGCGAGACGGCGUCGGGGGACGCGGAAGGCGGCGGCGGCGGCAUCACGGAUUCGCUACCGCUUCCAGCUCUGGACCUCAGUUACCCUGUGGUGUCCGCAAGUGGGAAGUUUGCCCCUCCACGGGGCCUGGCGCACACUUGGCAGACGCCAUAGGAUCCGUUCGGCAGACGCGGUGGCCAUGAUACCCAGGCUUGCCUGCUAGCGGGCUGCCAUGUCUCGUGAGGCAGGUUCAUGCCGAGUGGGCACUGGGACAAGGGCACGGUCAAGGAAGCCCAAGAAGCCACACUACAUUCCACGGCCCUGGGGCAAACCCUAUAACUACAAGUGUUUCCAGUGUCCCUUCACCUGCCUGGAGAAGUCCCAUCUCUAUAACCACAUGAAGUACAGCCUCUGCAAAGACUCCCUCUCUCUACUGUUAGACUCUCCUGACUGGGCAUGCCGCCGUGCGGCCCCCUCGCCCAGGCCUCGGGUGCCCACCCCCAGCGGCCCCACAGACUUCUCAGAGCCUGGUAGUCAGCCUACUGGGCCGGAUCUCAUUGACAGCCUUUCCCAGCGUCGUUGUGGCAGGGGCCCCAAACCUGGACCAGAAGAGUCCCCAGGGUCACUGCCCCCUCUGGCUAGAGCCAUCCGGAAGGGCCCAGGCCCCAGUAGUCUCUUGACAGAGUCAUGGAAGCCAAGGCUGAGUGGUGGUGGUCUCAUGAGUGAGGCUCUCGGGGCUGUAGCUUCAGCAGGUUCUGAGAGUAGUGCCCCCUGCUACCCACCCCCUGCCCAGGGAGAGUUCCCUGAAGCCCAGAGCCUCCACCUGUCUUUGCUGGGUGUCAACUACCCUCUUGGCCCAGGCCUCUUCUCCUAUCUGGGGCCCUCGCUGGCGGCUGCCGCAGCCCACAUGCCCUUCCUGGCCUCAACAAGCCCCUUGCUGCCCCCCGCAGCUUUCCCAGCCCCACAAACACCCGAGCGCCCAGGCCUGGCCCCCCGCCUGUACUACCCACUGCUCCUAGAGCACAGCCUAGGACAGUCAGCAGCCAGGGCUGCCCCUGCCAAGCCCUCUGUGCCCCUCAAGGGGCCUCCCGGGGCUCUGGCUGCUCCUGGGCUGCUGAAGGUGCCUGUGCCAGGGCUGGGGGCACCUUGGCCUCAUGGCUUGUCCAGAGACCCAGGGCACGAAGGAGAGCCGGAUCGGGUGCCUCAGAGCAACCAGCAGAAGAGGCUGCCCCCGGGCAGCAUGCCUGAGCUCCCAAAGGCCCCCUCGAACCUGGCAAAAUUUGGCUGUCAGAGCAGCCUGCCAACAGGCACCUCCCUGAUAUUCUGGCCUGAGGACAAGGAGCCAGGUAACCCUGAGGCCCCAGGCCCUGAGGUCCACCUUCUGCAGCAGUCACAAGGCCACGCACUAGGAAGUCCGGGCCCAGUGGGAGAGGACCUGAGCCAGGCCUUUGGUGACUAUGCCAGGGUGGAACAGUGCUUGGGGCAGCUGGCACCGGCUGGGGAUCUAGCCCCUAGACCUCUACGGGAGCAGCUUGGCAAGAUUCGCCGCGAGCUGUUCAACAUCCAUCAGGCGCUGGCCCGGGCAGCUCGGCCACUGGACACACCCCUGGACCUCUCAGUGAAGCGGGUGCCUACCAAGGGAACUAAGGCGCCUUCAGAGUCCUGGGGGCUGCCUGAUCCAAGCCCCAUGCUGGCAAGGGGGGCCUCUGAGCCCUCCAGCAUACUGGGCCCAGUCCUUGAGCCUUUCUCUAGCCGUACCACCAAGUGUGAGGCUGACUCCAGCGUCCCUCCUCCUGUCCUCCCGCUCCAGGCCCCUGAGGACCAUGUAAUUCCCGGUGGCGGCUGGGGUAACCGUCUUGGGGCUGGCAGCUCCCAGACCCCUAAAGAUACCCCUAGCUUGCAGAUCCUCCCAGGUGCUGAGGUCUGUCCACAGCCACCUUAAUGUGUGGGCUCAUCUCCCUGACCUGGGCCCCAUUGUCUGGGCCUGUCCAGUGUCGGUGUGCAUGUAUUCUGGCCAGAUACCCCCGUUCCCCCCACUAGCUCAUGGUAGAGGUUUAUCUCUGGGGUCACUUGGACAUAACAAGGUCAUGAUUUAUUUAUUGAACAGAGUUGUGGACAUUAAAAUAGAAACCACCUUCAAA